ACACUUCUUUCCCAAUCCUUCUGUUUACGGACAAGGAACAGGUGGUAUAUACAUCGGUGUUAUAGGGUGCACUGCUGCAAACACUCAUAUAAAUCAGUGUAGUUUUCGACCCCCAGAUCGAUACUAUUGCUCUCACAGUUAUGAUAUUUCAUUAGUGUGUACACCUUGUGGUAAAGUGACAAUACAAUUUGGCUCUUUUGAUUCUUUUAAUGGUACUGUACUGACUGCAAAGUGCGACGAUGGCUAUCAACCAGAAAAAAUAACAUUUGAUUGUCUUUCGAAUGGGACUUGGCUGCAAAAUGACAUAUGUACAUCAAAAUAUUCUUAUCCGUUAGAAAUAAGUGAUAUGAAGCUUGUAAACAGGUAUGGUCAUCACGAAGGUCGUGUAGAGAUACAGGUUGAUGGCAUUUGGGGAAUUAUAUGUAGCAACAAUUUUACUAUAGCAGAGGCGAACGUCAUUUGUCAAAUGAUUGGUUUAGAAGCAAGUCGUUUUUACACAGAUACAAGGGGCGACGGUCCAGUUUUUAUCUCAAAUCUUCAAUGCAAUGGAAAUGAAUCACAUAUCAACAAUUGUUCUUACAAUGUAGAUAAUGAUUGCUUGUACAGUGCAGCAGUCUACUGUACAGGGUAUCAGCUGAAUGUUACUGGAUGGCGCCUGGCCGGUACAAAUGGACCUUAUCAUGGAAGAGUCGAAUUAGAAGUGAAUGGUACAUGGGGAACAAUCUGUUCACGAGGAUUCUAUGGCUUGCGAUCAGCAGCUGUUAUAUGCAAUAUGUUUGGAUUACGAUAUAACACCUACUAUUAUAAUGCACAUUAUGGGCAAGGAGAAGGUCCAAUAUACAUAGAGAGUCUACACUGUUACAACAGCUACUAUACAGAAAUAAACGACUGCUUAUAUGUUGCAAACAACUAUCACGGUGCAUGUUCGCAUGAACAAGAUUUAUCAGUGAUGUGCUUUGGUCCGUUUCUGAAUAUAACGGAUGUGCGAUUAACAAAUGGAACAGGGCCUAACGAUGGUAGGGCAGAAAUCAAAAUUAACGACACAUGGGGAACUAUUUGUGAUUCUAAUUUUGCUUUAAGAGAUGCGGAGGUGUUUUGUAAAAUGCUUGGACUGAAAGCUGUGAGAUUUUUCACCGGGGCAUUAUACGGAGAAGGAAAUGGGCCGGUUUAUAUUGAUCAACUUAUCUGUGACAGUGGUGAUGUUGUUCUAAGUGACUGCCAGUAUUUGUUUCUUAAUGAAUGCAGACAUAGCAGAGAUGUUUCUAUUGUAUGUAAUGAGUGCGGGGAGCCAGACAACUCUCAUUGGGAUGCUGGAUAUUUUACAUACAAUGGUUCAACUUUGUAUGCUGAUUGCUCCUACUAUAAAACAUAUUUAGGCAUAUUAAAGAUGACUUGUGAUAAUGUAACACAGAAAUGGGAAACAGAAGGAGAAUGUCAAGAAUAUGGCUAUCCAUUAGUUAUCACUGAAAUUAAACUGUCAGGGGGGAGUUCAACAUCAAAUGGUAGGGUGGAAAUCAAAUCUAUGGACACAUGGGGAACAGUAUGUGACCAUGGUUUCGGUAAAAAUGAAGCCGACACAAUAUGCACAAUGAUAGGCUUCCCUCCUGCUGCCUCAUUUCACCACGGUGCAUACUUUGGCGAAGGUUCUGGUCCAAUAUUUGUUGAUGAUUUACAAUGUGCAGAUAAUUCUACACAUAUCAACAAUUGUAGUUACGUCACGUAUGAUAAUUGCUUUCACUUCAACGAUGUUUCUGUUGUUUGCACAGAAUGCCCCUCGCCAAAGCCUACAAAUGGAAGCAUAAAUUCCACAUCUACACAUUACCUUGCUGCUGUGAUGGUCACGUGUGACGACGGAUACAAGUUGAUUGGUGAUUCUGAAAUACGUUGUGAACUUGAUGCGACAUGGAGCAGUAGCCCAACUUGCAAAUUGAUAGACUGCGACGACCCAACACCUGAGUUUGGAUCUAUUAACACAACAUCUACAACAAACGGAAUUGUUGCCAUGGUUUCAUGUGACGAAGGAUAUGAAAUACAAGGUGAAACUGUGAUAAUGUGUCAACCUAGUGAGGAAUGGACAGAUAACCCUUCGUGUAACAUCAAAGAUUGUGGUAUACCAAAUCCUGUCAAUGCAGAAGCGACACUUUCCGAGAAUAAAACAACGUAUGGAGAAACUGCUGUUGUUUCUUGUUAUGAUGGAUAUCAACCAGGUGGUAGUUAUAUUGUUUCCUGCUUAGCUAAUGGAACUUGGGAAGCCUGGCCUGAAUGCACAAUAGUUGAUUGCGGGGACCCAACACCCAACCAAGGGGAGUCAAAUGUCACAGUGUUCAUUUAUGGCACUGUUGCUAAAAUUGAGUGUGAACCAGGUUUCAACAUAUCUGGGGAUUCCGUGAUCGCUUGUCAGUCUGAUGGAACAUGGAGUGAAAAUCCAAUUUGCGAUACAUCGG